CAAAAAGACACGGCCUUGGUUUAAUACGCUUUAUUGGUGAACUAUUUAAGUUGAAUAUGCUUACUGAGCGCAUCAUGCACGAGUGUAUUAAAAAGUUGUUAACUGUUCAUGGAGUUCCUGAAGAGGAGGAAAUGGAAAGCUUGUGUAAACUCAUGACGACAGCUGCCAAGGCAAAAGAAGAGGCAGAAAUUUUAAGACGAGCUGCAAGUUCAGGUGGACGAGAUCAAAUAUCACGUAGCAGCUCUGGUCGCCGUGACAUAAGUAAGUCUCAUGGCUCAAGUGGACAGUCGGUAAGCUCUGAUGGCUGGAGUAUGGUCGGAGGUACAUCAUCGGCUUCGCGGCAAGCCGGAGAUCUAUCUAAAUUUGGUUCAGUAUCUCGUAGUAAGGUACCUUCUGGCCACGUCAGUUUAGCGCCAGGAGGUUCUGCUUUCGCUAGUUUAGCUGGAGGUUCAAAAGGUUGGAAAACUGAAAGCAAGGAGCGUAAAGAUAAAACUGAAAUUGAUAGUUCAUCUUCUAACGAAUCGGCGAAGUCUUUCGCAUCCCCUCCCCCUCCUGAACGAAAAAAAAUUAUUCUAGCACCAAGAUCCACGUCAUUACCAUUAUCAUCAGAAACUCCUCCUGCACCUAAAUCAAUAAUGACCAAGUCUUCUGCAACUUCAAUAUCAAUGUCUGAAGAAGUUGCAGAGAGAAAGAUCAAUAGUACAGUUGAAGAAUACUUUAAUAUAGGAGAUAUAAACGAACUGCCCAAAGAAUUUUACUCUAAGGCGAUUGAGAUAUUUGCAAACAAAGCACUUGAAAAGAAGCAAGAUGAUGUUGAUAAAGUCAUAAGAUUAUUUGACAAAUUCAUAAUCGAGAAUAUUGUGGAUAAAUCAGUCUUUACGGAAGGUUUUACUGCUACUGUAGAAUUUCUGAUAGAUAUUGGUGCUGAUGCACCCAAAUCUUACACAUUCACUGGACAAUUGUUUAAUGGUGCACGGCUUGAUAUUAAAGAUGUAUCAGAGUUGCUUAAACCUCUAUCAGAAAUUGAUGAUAAAGGCCUAGAGAAAGUAAUGACUGGAUAUUUAACGGCAUUAAAGGCUGACACUGUGAUUGCACGGAAGGUGAAAGAAAGUGGGUUGGAUUUUAAAUCGAUAUUCCCUAAAAAGUCUAUUACCGAUAUAAAUAAAUUUCUUGAAGAUCUUGUAAGUAUUUAA